AGACUUGUUGAUGCCAAAAGACACCAUGCCUUCAUUGAAAUGGCUCCUGAGAAUAUUGCUGCAAUGCUGGAUGAUCUUGAGAAGCAGCCGGAGAACCGACCAACACUGAGAAUAUUUUUUGGAUUUCUGGGUGGAUACAUCGUCGCUACAACUGGCCACCGAAAGGGUGUCGUUAUCAACAUGACUACCGAAGAGGUCGAGACAGCAGAAAAAACGAAGAAUGGUGGCCGCAUUAUUCGUGUAGAACAGCACAAGACACAGGGGUACUUUGGGCAAGCAGCAAUACCUCUGAAAGCAACCGAGUAUGCCUGGUUCGAGCGUUACAACAAACUUCGACAAUAUGUUGAUGGAGGCUCAGAGGCAUCUACGUUUUUCCACAACUCGAGAGGAGGUGUCCUUUUGAAGCUGGAUAAUUACUUUCAGCAGGCAUGGGAAGGUCUACGUUUGGGAAAUGCACCCACUUUCAAUAUGCUGCGUUCUUCUGUUGCUACUUAUGCCAAGCGGCAACUGGGACAUAAAACGUACAGGAAAGUGGCAACCUUUAUGUGUCAUGACGAACAUACAGCCAAAAGAUUUUAUGAAGCUGAGGACCCAGCAGAGGAAGUACAGAGGAGCAGAUACCUGUCUACAUUGGCAAUUUCAACAUAUGCAGCAAAAGAAAAGAAAAGGGAAAGGAGAAAGAAGGGUCAUGACGAAGCGGAGACCGUGUCCUCUUCGGAGGAAGAAGAUGGGCUGGAGCCUGUGAGAAGAAAGCUUUUCCAGCAGCAUAAGAAUCCGGCAGAUUCUGAAGAGAAGAUGGAGCGUAGAAAUGACCAUCUGCGCAAGAAAAAUAAAUCUGUGCAGUCAAAGCAAGAAACACCAGUAAAGAGCUCUAAGCCACUGGUGAGCUCCACUGAAGACGAAGGGUCUGAUGAAUGGAAACCUACUCGGGACUCUUCAGAGGAUUCAGAAGUGUCUGACGAGCCAGUCAGAAAAGAGGGGUCACACAAGAACGAGAGUGUUAUUAGCCCCAUUCUUCAAAGACGGAAACAAAUUGAGAGCUCAUCUGAAAGUGACCAUUUAGAAGAGAAAGAGAAGAAACCCAGACGAAGGAUAACAAAUGUGGCCAAAAAAAGAAGAGCGAAAAGGUUGGUGAGCUCAAUGGAAGAUGUGUCCGGUGUUGGGAAAUCCACACCGGAGUAUCCAGAGAGUGAUUCAGGAGGGGAGGAGGAGCAAGCGAGAGAAAUGGUUAGGAAGGAGGCAGAGAACAGCCCUGUUCAGCAAAAGGAGGGUAAAACAAAUUUGAUUAGCCCAUCUACAGUUCUACACCAGCACGCAAGCGUUGUUUCACUGAAUCGUGUCACACUCAAGACACCCAAGUGUCUCCUUUAGUUUUGGGUUCCUGCCACCACUCAGCAAGGAACGACUCUUCAUAAUCUCCAACUCCAUCAAACUCUUCAUCGGGAGAAGAAAGAGAAGGGGAUUCCUCUGGACUCACAGCAUCCUACACACACACACAC